AUGGUAUUCUACUAGAUUUAUAUUUUAUACUCAAUCGAAAAUAAACAAAUUAUAAAAGCUGCUUUGAAAGAAAAUAGGACUAUAAUCAUAUACAAAAUAUAGUAAGAGGUGUAAAUGACUAACUGUAUUGAAACGAUUUUAUUUUUUUUAUCAACAUUAAUCUAUUUAUUUAAAAAAUACAAAGAGGUAGCGAGAAAAAAUAGUAUUAAAGCUAGAACAAAAUUAGCUAUUAAUACCUUCUAUUGUAAAAUUCCAUCUAUUUAGUAGAAAAUUGACCCUAGUUAUGAAAAUAAAAACAUUUAUGAAUUAAAAAUACUCAAUAAAACUAAAAAUAUGCUUCAUUUAUUUAUUAUAAUAUAAGUAUAACAAAAUUAACUGAAAAUUUUAUGUGGAUAAUUGUUAUAUAAGUACAAAGAUUUAAAUAAAAUGGUAAAGAAAUAAUAAAAUUAACAUGAUAAUGAAUGCAUAGCAAUUAAAAUGAUUCCAAACUAUUCAAUAAUUAUGUAUACUGUCUUAUUCAUUUUUCUAAAUUUAUAAACUUAUAAGAACCAAUCAAUCAAUACUCUAAGCUUUAGUUUUAAUUAGCUAAUUAAAUAUAUUAAAGUUUUGUAGAAUAAUUGCAAUAAUUAUUACUGA